AUGGCGUGGACGUUGCCGCUUCUGGGGUUCCUGCUCCUUCUGCGGGGCUGUUCUGGUGAGUACUUUGGGGGGCUUAAUGCCAAAGCAGUUCACACAGACCCUGGUAAAAGCUGCAGGGAGGACGGAGAUGAAGACCUCUGCAGCCCUUUCUGCUUCCUCAAUGAAUUCAGGUGCCAAAACGGGGAGUUCGUACCUGAGCUUUGGACCUGCGACGGCUACGACGACUGCGGAGAUGACAGCGACGAAACUGGGUGCCUUUGCCAGUUCUUCCAGUGCAAGAACGGGCACCGGGUCGAGGAGGAUGAACUUUGUGAUGGGGACGACAACUGUCGGGACGGCAGCGACGAAGCCGGCUGCGCCUGCACCGACAGCCAGUUCCAGUGCGCCAACGGGCGCUGCGUGCCCCUCGAGCUGAGCUGCGAUGGGUUUGACCACUGCGGGGAUGACAGCGAUGAAGCCAACUGCACCUGCGUCGAGUCCCAAUUCCGAUGCCGGAACGGACGAUGCAUUUACGAGUUUUGGACCUGCGAUGGCGUUGACCACUGCCUGGACGACAGCGAUGAAGCCAAUUGCACUUGCGCCAGCGACCAGUUCACGUGCAAGAAUGGGCGCUGCAUCCUCCAACUUCUCGCCUGUGAUGGGGAAGACCACUGUGGGGACAACAGCGACGAGGAGGAUGCCCUCUGUGCCAUCCAGGGCUCCACUGCACACUCUCUCGCCUAUUUCCGCACAGUAUUGACCACGUUCGGUGAGGGGUUGCCCCGUUUCAUAGAAGUGGGCUACGUGGAUGGCCAGCCCAUUGAGUACUUUGACAGCCACACAAGGAGGGUCGUCCCUCGGGCAGCCUGGAUGGAGGAGAACCUCAAUGAGCAGUACUGGAAUGAGCAGACCGAUCUGGUGCACGUCAAUGAGAGAUGGCUUCGGGAUUACCUCUUGAUUCUGCAGAAUUAUUACAACCAGACCAGGGGGUUUCACACCUUCCAGUGUGUCCAGGGCUGUGAGUUGAGUGAAGACCAGACCAAAAGAAGGUAUUAUCACAGGGAAGCCUAUGACGGGAGGGACAUUGACAGAAGGGCCCACGAGGAGACGGGUCACUGGAAGUACUUCCGGCACGAGGACUGCACAGAAGAGCUGAAGGAAUACUUGGGCUAUGAGAGAAAAGCCCCGCAGAAGAAAGAACCCCCAACGGUGAAAGUGACCCACCGGAAGAGCAACGGCAGCCGGGAGACCCUCCUCUGCCAGCUCUAUGGCUUCUACCCCAAGCAAAUCGAGGCUGCCUGGAGGAAGGACGGGGCGGUUUGGGAGCAGGAGACUCUCCACGGGGGUGUCGUCCCCAACUCGGACGGGACCUUCUACACCUGGCUCAGUAUCCGGAUCGACCCGCAGGACAGGGGCCGCUACCGAUGCCACGUGGAGCACGUUGCCCUAAAGCAACCUGGUGAGUGA